UGUUGAACAGACUUGUUGCCAACAACAACUUCAGGUAUUGAUGUGGAGGUUGCUUUGAAUGAUAUUACCUGUGAAUUCCACCAUUGAACGAAACCAACAUGAGUGAAGGUUGUGAAGACAGGUACUGCUUCAUUGCAGAAUGGUACGAUAUACAUGCUGCCUUGAAACGUAGAUACCAGUUUAUGUACUACGUAAAGGACAAAACCGUAGAGAUGUUUGAUGUUAAAAACCAAAGAGUGUUCCUGAAAAGAACCAAGAUGGAGGAUCUGCGACUGGAAGACCUCUACAUCAAGAACACUCUCAACGUUUUCUCCAGACAGCUGACUUUUGUAGACUAUGGUGAUGAGUUCACAAGGAGGAGACUGGCCAACAAAAAGGAAAGGACACUAGGUUUAAUCAAACCAGAUGCUGUACCAAAGAUGGGACAGGUUCUGGACGUUCUCUUCAAGAACGGUUUUCUGGUCGCCAACAUGAAGAUGUGUCAGCUGAGUCGCCAUGAAGCCAUGGAAUUCUACAAGGAACACCAAGGAAAAACACACUUUGACACUCUUUUGACCUACAUAACAAGUGGUCCGGUCAUAGCUAUAGAGUUGAUGGGCUCAGACUGCGUCUCACAGUGGACCGACCUCCUCGGACCCACUGACCCAGCUGCAGCCAGACAGAAUGCACCAAACUCCAUCAGGGCCAGGUUUGGGAAAGACAGUAUACAGAACGCCUGUCACGGCUCAGACAGCAUUGGUGCAGCAGCAAGAGAACUCGAGUUUUUCUUCCCUUCAAACGACACUCCUGCACGACGAAACACAGCGAAAUUCUCAGAGUGCACAUGCUGUGUGAUCAAGCCACAUGCUGUCAAGUCAGGUGCGGCGGGUGAUAUUAUCAGCCAGAUAAUGGACGCUGGCUUUGAGAUUUCCAUGCUACAGGUGUUCCAUAUGGAGAAGGCCAACGCGGAGGAAUUCUACGAAGUAUACAAGGGUGUCGUCCAGGAGUACGGCGCCAUGGUGAACGAGCUGACCUCCGGGCCUUGUAUUACACUAGAGAUUCGCGCCAAGGAUGCACCCAAAGCCUUCAGGGACAUGGUUGGCCCAGCCGACCCUGAAAUAGCCCGCCACCUAAGAUCCAGAACAUUGAGAGCGAAGUUUGGAAUCGACAAGAUACAGAAUGCCGUCCACUGUACAGACUUACCAGAGGAUGGGCAGUUAGAGGUUGAAUAUUUCUUCAGAAUCCUGUGUCGUUGAUUUGGAGAAAAGUGGAUCAAGCAACACGUUAUUUCGUAUCUGUGAUCUAAAUUGAACAGAAAAUCUUUAUUCGGUAGAAGAAAACUUUUCUACAUAUGCCAAAGUGUAAGUGUUGCUACAGAGCAUUAUAGGUGAUUCUCCAGACCAUCGUAGACUUCUUGUCUGGCCGUAAUGCUCCGCCUAUGUGGGAGGAACAAGAUCGACAGUGCUUAUCAGGAACUAGGGGAGAUAACUAUCAGGAUGAGGACACUUUAUAUAUGGAAUCUGUGAUUUUUUUAUUUUCAUUUGUACAUAUCUGUAUAAAAAAACAAAACAUUUUUAAUAUGAUACUGAAGACAUUUUACAUUGCAACACAUAGAUAUUGGAAUGUCUAUGUACUUAAUCAUGUAUUAUACUAUUUCGUAAAUACAAAAGUUAAAUAUCAA